ACCCCCGGAAUUUUUGAUCGUUGUUCUGACCACCCAAACCCUCUCUUUUUUUCCUCCCACUGCGUUUUUCCUCUCUGCAUUUUUCAAGUCAAGUGCUCUCACAAACCCUAAUCCUCGCUCCACCUACACAUUCAUUUAUGUUUGCGUCUAUCAAUUUGCUUCGGGAACCUGUUUUGUUCUGAAUCAUUUGUAUUGCUAAUCGCCAAUUUACAUCUCACUACUUCUUUAUAUUUCACUCACUAUUAGCGUUGGUGUGAUUUUCAUUGAGGGUUUUGAUUAUUUGGUGAAAUUCUGUGAGAUAUCUAUUCCCGGUAAUGGCGGGAAGUAAGUUAGACCUUCCGGAGGAUCUCAUUACAUCCAAGCUGCCCGAAAAAUCGUGGACUCCGGAAGCUUCAAUGGGAAAUGAUGAAGACAGGGAAUUGUCUGGAUUACUGGAUGAAUCAAAGGAUCAAGCAGUGUCUGAGAGCAUUCCAUUGUCUCCGCAAUGGCUGUAUGCUAAGCCAAAUGAGUCUAAAUUGGAAACCCGAGGGCCCAGCACUCUUUCUCUUGGUAGUUCUGCAGAUGUGAACCAGAAUGAGGUUUGGCGUGCUGAUGCGACUGAGGAAAGAAAGGACUGGAGAAAAGUUGCUCCUGAACCUGAGGGUGUGCGCCGCUGGCGUGAAGAAGAAAGGGAAACUGGAUUACUUGGUCGAAGGGAUCGCAGGAAGAUGGAGAGACGUGUUGAAAAUGCUCCAGCCAGAGAACAAACUGACAACAGAUCUAUGCCUGCUGCUGAAAGGUGGCAUGAUGCUAGCGGUCGCAAUUCUGGGAAUGAAACUAAGCGUGACAGCAAAUGGUCUUUAAGGUGGGGUCCUGAUGACAAAGAAAAAGAUACUCGGUUGGAGAGAAAAGUGGAGACGGAGAAGGAAGAGUCACUGACUGAAACUCAACCAUUUGUUUCGAGUAAUCGUUCUGUUCCUGAGCGUGAUUCAGAUUCUCGUGAUAAGUGGAGGCCGCGACACAGGAUGGACGGAAAUCCAGGCGGGUCGGGUUACCGUGUUGCACCAGGGUUUGGAAAUGAAAAGGGACGAGUCGAGGGCUCCAAUGUGGGCUUUGCUGUAGGGCGUGGUAGGUCAAGUGUUUCUAUCGUAAGAUCUACGUCUGCAGGUCCAAUUGGUUCCCCUGAAUAUGAAAAGAUUGGAAAUGUUCUGGGGAAACCAGCCCUACUUGUUGGAACAUUUGUUUACCCUAGGGGAAAACUUCUUGAUGUAUAUCGUAAGCAGAAGCUGGAUUCUUCUCUUGCCCACAUACCGGAACAUCUUGAGAAAGUAUCCCCUAUAACUCAACUGGAGGCUGUUGAGCCUUUAGCUUUUGUUGCUCCUGAUGCUGAGCAGAAGGCCAUCUUGAACGACAUAUGGAAGGGUAAAUUAACAAGCAGUGGAGCAUCAUACAGUUCAUUUAAGAAGGGCAGGUCCACGGAAAAUGUUUCAGAAUUGGCGGACAUUGAAUUUUUUGAGGGAAGACAAGCAUCCUUCUCAGUUGAUGUCGGUGAAGAGGUGCAUAACUUUCAGAAAACAUCAGUUGAUAUUCAUGAAUACAGUGGUGAUAGCAUCUUGUACCAUAGUUCACCGAGAAAAGAGAAAUUUGCUGGUCAUGAAGAAAAAUAUGAAGCUCCAGUGGCUAUGAUUGGAAACGAACUGGGUAGUAGCUUGCACACUUUUAAUGGUGCUCAAUCUGAUGCCUUUCAGCUCAAAGGAGCAAAUUCUGCAGUUAAGCAGGAUACUUUAUUUGACAGUGUCAACUCUGCCAUGUUAUUUGAUGUUAAUAAUAAUCUUCUGGGUGAUGGGAACUCUGUGCCUACAUCUGGGGAACAUUUCGAUGGUCAGCGACCCAAGAUAAGGAGUGGAAGAAAUGAAUAUCAGCUACAUGUAAGAAUCCCCCCAGAGGAACUAAGUUUAUACUAUCGGGAUCCACAAGGAGAGAUCCAGGGUCCUUUUCUUGGUGUGGACAUCAUUUCAUGGUUUGAGCAAGGAUUUUUUGGGACUGAUUUACCUGUCCGUUUGGAAGAUGCUCCUGAUCAGGCACCUUUCCAAGAAUUGGGAGAUGUGAUGCCUCAUUUGACAUUUCGAAAUGAGUACGAUAGUGGAACUGAUUUAAGUUCUAAUAUAGAGAAAUCUGCGGUGAUGGAGUCCGAUCCUGUUCUUGAAAGGGGUCCUUCCAAUGUAAUGAAUGGCUCUGGCUGGCAGUUGUCUGAUUUUGAUGCUAACCCUCCACAGCAAGCUCAACCAAGAGGAAGUGAAAAUCAACGUCAACCAUCACAAAACUUGUACUCCCAGGGAGAAAACUCUCAUGAUUUUGGUCCGCUGGAUGAAGAAAUCGUGUUUCCUGGAAGACCUGGAAGUGGUAGCACAGCCAUAGGGAAGAUGCCCAGAGAAUAUGGUGAACUUGCUACAAAUUGUGGCAACCAAUCUUAUCUUAAUAAUGAAAUGACAGAUUCUGGUGGCUGUAAUAAAAAAGAUAGUAAGUUGCAUCCUCUUGGUUUGUUAUGGUCUGAGCUUGAGAGCACAUACUCGAGUAAUGAUCAGACAUCUACACGCAACGGGGUUGCACAGGAUAAAUUUGUAAACCCUGUUUCUGGAAGCCUUGCUCCUUUUGAUGCAAUGGGUAAGCCAAAUCAUGCCCCUGAGGAAUGGAGUGAUGCUUAUAGCUGCAGUGCACGUUCGGAUUCCAACUUGUAUCAUGACGUUAUCGAUGCUGGACAUCCUUCAAGGGUGAACCAAGAAUACAGCCAUUAUGAUUUAGCAGAAAAGCUGUUGCCGCAACAACUUCAGCAGCAGCAUCUUCAGCCACAUAAUGCGAUGCUAUCCAACAAUAGACACUUGAAUGAAGCAAUGCUUGAAGGGGGGUCCAUUCCGAAAUUGAUGCACCACAAGCAGCUGGCCAGUCAAUCAGCGCAAAAUAUGGAACACAUUUUGGCCAUUCAGUUGCAACAGCAGAGGCAGAUGCAACUUCAACAGCAGCAACUGCAGCAACAGCAGUUCCAUCAACAGCAAAUGCUGUUGAAAGAGCAACAGCAGUCUCAGGCCAGGAAAGUCUUUCUUGAGCAGCUACUGCAAAGUCAAAUGCGAGACUCUGGUCGUGGGCAGUCUCGUCUUGAGGCUCUUAGAUCCAGUGCUGCUCUUGAGCAGGUGAUACUGAAGCAACAAAUCCUGAAUGAGCUGCAGCCGCGUUCCCAAUAUCCACGGCAUCUGGAUCCAUCUGUUGAACAGCUAAUUCAAGCAAAAUUUGGUCAAAUGCUCCAUGAAGAGCAUCACAAUGAUUUGUUGGAGCGUUUAUCUCGUGGAAGGCAUGGUCAGGUCCACUCCCUCGAUCAACAGGUUAUUCAGCAAAAUCAGCUGCAUAGGAGGCAACAAUUACCGUUGGGGCUGAGGCAGCGACUGGAUAUGGAAGAAGAAAGGAAUAUCAAUCCUGGAUGGUCACAUGAUGAAGCAGGUCAGUUCCAUGGGAAUCCUGCUUCUCAUAGAGCUAUAUCUGCUGGGUUUGGACCUUUGGACUUUUAUCCCCAGAAAAUGCCAUCUUCCGAGGAGCAUCUCGGUCAUCUUGUUAGGAAUCAUUCAGUACAAGAUAGACUUCAACAUGGUCUUCUUGACCACAGCAUGUUACCUUUCGAGCGUUCUACGUCGUUGCCUGUGGAUGGUGGAUUGAAUUGUGAUUUUGUGAAUUCCAUGGCUAGACCUCAAGGUUUAGAAAUGCAAGAGCAGAUUUCCCAGCUGCAACGUGGUGGUUUCUCAUCCAGUCUUUAUUCUCAGCAUACAAACCACCCUUUGGUUCCAAAUCAGUUCCAUGUUUCGCGCGAUACAACAGAGGGUAAAUGGCCUAUGAAUAAUAAUGAUCAAAUGUCGAAUGCUUUGAUGGAGUCAAGAAUGCAACAACUGCAUCUUCAUAGUGAGAGACACAGAAGGGAAUUGGAUGCUACAUGGGGUACUGAAGACUCUAGUUUUUGGAUGUCUGCUGGAGCAAAUGACGACAGUUCUAAGCGCUUGCUAAUGGAGCUACUACGCCAGAAGUCCGGUCACCCGUCAAGUGAACAGGUAGACGAUGUUAAUGGAAUAGCGCAUGAGAGGAGGCCAUCUUCAAGCCAUUAUUCUGGGGCAAGCAUGGCGAACCAGUCAUUUAAUGUUCUUUCAGAUCAAGAAUCUGGUUUUGACGACUCAUUCACCAUUGGGUCUUAUGGGUCUGAUUCUGGCAGACCAACACAGAAUAGACCGUCUGAGGGGAUAACCAAAGACCAUGAAAUUGGUGGGUUAUCUUAUAGAUCUGAAGGCAUAGCAUUAGUUGAAGGAAGACCAUUUGGGGCAGACAUUGAUGAAAGCUCUCAGGUAAGCCAUGACAGUUUUAUGCGUAGCAAGGCAGACAAAGAGGUACCUCUCUCAAAUGUGGAAGAAAGAAACAGAGUUCUCAUCAAUGAUGGUAAAAUUCAGGGAAUAAUUUCUGAGGCUCUAGAAGGCGUAGUUGAGCAGGCUGGCUUGAUAUCUAUGGACCAAGGUGAAAUGCCAGCUAAUGCCCUUGCCCGGCACAAGCCACUUAGCUCCACUGGUUUUCACAACGAGAAGAUUGGAGAAGGCGGGUCCUUGUUGGAGGACACUACUAAGGAUAGGUCGCGAUCUUGGAAUGCAAAAGGAGCAGAAAAUGUGUUGCUGAGGCGUCCAAGAGCCUCAUCUUCUGAGGAAGGGUUGUCGGAGGUGAAUGGUGAUGCAGCUGUUUCAGGCAGAGGAAAAAAUGUUGCGAAUGGUGGAAGAAGGGACGAUGUUGUUGUGGGGUUCCGGCGGACAUCAUCCUGUAAUGAUGCUACAGCUACAGAUACUAUGGAGAUGACUUCCUUCAGUGAGAUGCUGAAGAAGCCUCCUCUGCCUGAUUUGUCCGAUGGUGGGGCCUCAGCUGCUGGGGGCUCCCAAAAAAACAAAAAAAGAGGGAAGAAAGGUAGGCAAAUUGACCCAGCUCUUCUAGGUUUCAAGGUGACCAGCAAUCGGAUCAUGAUGGGUGAGAUACAACGUAUAGAUGAAUGAAAGUAAAUCAUAUCAAAACAGGACUCACCGCGCACUGUACAUGUUCUUUUCAUAUAUGUAGCAAAGUUUCUCUGUAUAGCUGCUGCUUUCGUUUCUUGCUUUUAGUUUUUUCUUUUUUGGGGGGAAAUCCUCUCUUGUUGUAUAGCAUAAUUCAUUCCUUUACUUUGCUUCCAAUUCAUAUUAAUAGAGAAAUAAUAAAUAAGUUUGUGAUUGUUGUUAUAAUACAAUCAGUUUUUUUCUGCGAUUCUUUUCUGUACAAGUUGAUGUCCGUGGUACCGCAACCUAUUAUGUUAAAUGUGAAAUAGAUCCUUUGGG